AUGUCGUCCCAGAGUGGCCCCGCCAGCCCGAUGCGCUGGCACUGUUUGCUUAUCUUCGUUUUCGCUGUUAUUAUUCAUUCGUCAAUGGCCCUGGGGCACGAGAAUGAUGCUAUAAAGACAUAUCCUCUCCCACCCGGGGUUACAAAUGGGACCUCAUACUCUGUUUUUGUUAAAUCUGGAAACGGGCCGUUUCAACAAGUCGAAACCUUCUUCGCUAAGGUAGCCCAGGUCAAUACUACCUCUGGCCAGGGCGUUGAGCACAACACCUCUGUCGCACUCUUGGACUUUUCCAGCCCAGUCAACUUUCGACUUCAAUACCACAACGGCCCUCUGAAAUCAGUCGACAUCCGACCCUAUUCCCUUGGCAUCGGUCCCCGAGUCGCGAAUGGUGUCAUCGAAUUUUCGCUGUCGAAGCCACAGAAUAUCCUGAUUCAGGUUAACGAAGGCUUGUUUGAUACCCUCCAGCUGUUUUCAAACUCAAUUGAGACAAGUAACCCAGUUAACGAUCCCAAUGUCAUUUACUUCGGCCCUGGAGUCAACAAUGGGACCGGUAUCCAGAACGGAAUCCUGUCUGUGCCUUCGGGGAAGACCGUCUACGUGGCUGGAGGAGGUCUACUGACCGCGCAAAUCGCUUUCCAAAAUGUGUCCAAUUCUGCGGUUACUGGAAGGGGUAUUCUGGCAACUAAGUCAUCCGGUGCUGUGCUGAUUGAAUAUUCCUCCAACAUCACGGUCAGAGAUGUCAUCAUGCUAAAUCCCAAUGGCUACGCAGUCAUCUCUGGCAGCUCGGAGGACGUCACCAUCUCUGGUAUCCGCUCAUUCUCUUCCAAGGGAAAUGGCGACGGGAUCGACAUUUUCUGUUCCCAGAAUGUUCUGAUCGAAGGAGUUUUCAUGCGAAACUCUGAUGAUAACAUUGCCUUGUACCAACAUCGGUGGAAUUAUUAUGGAGACUCGAAAAACAUCACGGUGCAAGAUUCAUCACUAUGGGCAGACUACGCGCACCCGAUCAACAUCGGCACGCACGGAAACACUCCUAACCCAGAGACGAUGGAUGGCGUCACGAUCCGAAAUAUCGACAUUCUCAAUCACCACGAGCCCCAGAUGUGGUACCAGGGCUGCAUUACAAUCAACGCAGGUGACAGCAACCUUAUUGAGAAUGUCCACAUCGAAGAUGUCCGAGUCGAGGAUUUCCAGCUGGGUCAAUUGUUGAACUUCCGGGUCAUGGACAAUACGAAGUACAACACAUCGCCCGGUCGGGGAAUUCGAAACGUUGUGAUCAAGGAUCUCGUUUACAACGGUCAUCAUGCGAACCCUUCGCAAUUCCUUGGAUACGAUGAAGAUCGUUUGAUCACCAAUGUCACGUUCAUCAAUCUCACUGUGAAUGGACUGAAGGUCAACGAUGCGAUGCAGAAACCGACGUGGUACUAUACCGCUGACUUUGUCCCCUUGUUUGCGAACGAACAUGUGCAAAAUUUGACCUUUAGAGCUAGCUAA